AUGGUCUCCAGGUUCUUGCUGCUCAUGGCUCUGAGCUGCUGUGUCUGUGGUUAGUUUCCAUCUUUGUUUUAUUCUCAUACUUCCUUCAGAAAAGAAUUUUAAAAGCAACAGUUAUAUUGAGGUAUAUAAUAUGAUUUUUGUGACCAGGUUGUCCUUGGCGCCACUUUUCUCGCGGAUUGAUCGCUGUUGUUUAGGGAUUUUGAACAGAGUCAAGUUUUUAGUAAAGCUGAGACACGUUUUAAAAUAGGCUAAUUUCUUUAGGGCCUUGAUAAUGAGAUGCACUGGGGUGCAGAAUUGGAUAGUUUGCAAAUCAUUAAAACAGAUUUUAAGUUGAUUAUAGAGCAAAACCAACAUAUGGAAAAAAAAGAUUGUUUCAUUAGAGAUUCACCAGUCUGUGAGAGACUGCGUGAGCUAACAAUUUAACUGUUUCAGUGUCAAAUGUGAAAGAAUGAGUGAGUUUCAUCAUUUAUAGUACUUUAAGGCUUGCACUGCAUUGAAAAAUAGACAGGACUCUGUACUGGGAGUUGCUGCACAGGGUCAAAUUUAUCCACAGAAACCCUUAUUGUGAACAGAGUUUGUCAUUCUAUCUAUGAAAACACUGUACACUUGUGUUGAAACUGUACACUUCAAAUAAGAAACUAUUUGUGACCAUGAUCCAGAAACACCAAAGACCUCCCUGGGCUCGAACCUACCUCAGAGUGGACUCAGCAAGGAAAAACAACUCAGAAAGAAUCCAAAAUGACAAGACUGGAUCACUUUGAAACCACUUCAAACUAGUGAAAAAUUACCUCAUUGAAAACAAUGGUUUUAUUUUUCUCGGUCUCCUCUACAGAAACCUUCGAAGUUAACGUGGCUCACACUUCCUAUCAGGCAAUGGAGGACCAGGACCUCACCCUGGAGUGGACUUUCAACUACAAACCUGAAAGCUCUCUGCAGAAUCUGGACAUUUUCUGUUCCAAGGUCAACUCUCAGAAAGACUCAGUCCUGUUUCAUCUUCGUAAAGGAGUGGAGGUCCCACAGAAGGAGGGAGACUUUGUAGGACGAGUUCAGUGUGACGAAGAGGUCCUCAGAGAGGGACGGAUCAGACUUCAUGUUUCCUCACUCAGGACUGAAGACUCAGGCUGGUAUCAGUGUAAUGUCCUCACAGAGUAUGGCAGCAGCUUGGACAGAUGUCAUGUCAGUGUGACUGGUGAGUUGGUUUAUGUCUCAGCAGAAUUUUAAAAAGACAUUCAGUUCAGGUUGUGUUUCUCUUUGGAUCUGCUCCAAACCUAGCAGACCUUUUAUGAGCUUUAACAUGAAGGUUCUAAAAAGUAGAGAGGGUCUCUGGAUCCUGGACCCUGAUUGGUAGAUGGCUUCAAAGGAGAAGGGUCUGAUUACUGAAGGUCCUGCCUCCUGUACUACUGUCAGAAACUUUACUAGAGCAAACUGAGAAACUGCAGUGAUCACAGAAACAUAAUCAAGACUUUGUUUGUCUCCUCCCAGCAGGGAAGAACCAGAACAGGACCAAGGGUGAAGCAAAGAGUCCAAACAAAGUGAUGUUGGGAUGGAAAUACAUCGUAAUCAUUACGAUGGGAACAAUAGCAGGAAGUGCUGCUCUGCUCUUUUCUCUUUACUUUUGCAUCACUCGCUCUAAUCCUGUUUGUGGCCAUGGCCAGGGGCACCGCAAAGGGGGGUAAAAGGAGAAGGAUUCUAGGGGCCCAUGAUUGACAGGGUCCCAGAGAGGCCCCUAAGACAAUUAUUAUACUGACAAAAAUUAUAGCACUUAGUGUCACCAAUACAUUGUAUAUAAAAUAUAUGUGUAACUGUAAGUUUAUUACUAAGUUUGUUUUGCAAAACAUUUCUCAAGGCCCCCCGCCUCCAUAAAAUGGUUCAGUCCACCCACUCCGUUUUCACAGACGCUCAACACAAAUUUUUCACAGACAGCGAGUAGAAAGAGAGAGAGCAUGAUGCCACAGAAAUCUGUAUUAUUUUCCUCAGAGGGAUACACUUUCAUGGCGCCAGUUGUUCCCCGAUGUUUUUACAGAUUUAUUUCCCAGAUAAACAAACUUAGCAAUAAUGAGAAGAGAGAGAUUCACCAGGCAAUAGGCAGGCAUGAUGGAGGGGCGUAUUGUGUUCAAGUGCACCUUGGAGAAAAUAACUUUUUUGAACUCUGCUAAAUUGCUACUGAAUAAACUCACAUAUAGUAGGACACAGCAUGUAACAAGUAGCCUAAUGUAUAAAAAAAUGUCCUGAAAUAUUGCAACAAACAACUAGUGGUCGAAUUGCAAUGAGUGUGUGUCAAUCAAAGUAACGUCAAAAUCAGCCACGAAGUGGAGCUACUUAUCAAGGGGUGAGAAAAGAAAGAGAAGAAAAGAGAAAGAAAUAAGGACAAAGCAAGACAGUGGUAAGUGGAGCAGAUAGCGAAGCAUGGCAAACAUUUUAACUAGCAUUAGGUGUAAAGCUGGCUGUUAAUUGUUUGGUAGGUAGUUAGCCGUGUUAGCAUAGCAGGAGAUGUUGGCCUGGGGUCCUCACUUUGUUGACUAGCUGUUACAGUGUGUUGACACACCCACACUGUCCUGCAAGGUUAGCCGACAGAAAGAAAGUGUGGUUGUAAGGUAUAAAACUGAAAUUUCACCAAAGUAAUUAGAACACCAUUAAGGAAGUGAUUUGGAUGGGGAAAAAAAAGAAAACAGGUAACCCAGAAACAGCUUUCACUGUAAAUGAAACACAAUUUAUGAAAGUUGUGUCUUAACCAGCCUAACUCUGACACUACUGAUGCUUUGAAAUUUAGAUCUAUAUUUAGACAGUGUGCUUUCUGCAUAAAAGACUAACUUUGGAUCAAUUAACAUACUGAAGUAAGUCUCAGACAUCAAAUCUUAGAACAAGGGUGAAGUGCUGACUAUUCUGGUAAAAACAUACCAGAGUGUCGCCUUGACAAUUGCUCUUUAAAAGUUUCUGUUUCUUACCUCUUUUGUUGGUUUCAAAAAAUGUAUGUUUAACGCUUGUCAGAGGGGCGCCUUGACAAUUUUUUCACACUCUAAAAUUAACUCAAAUACAAAUCAAUGACUGCAUACAUUAAUGUACAGAGUGCCCUUAUUUCCACCCAUAGUGAGAUUAGAAGUCCAAGACUGCCUUCAUGGGUGCUUAUAAAUUGGGCCGGUAGAGCUGAGGCAUGUAGGAGCAUGCCUUGGAUAGUACAACCAGUCAGAAGGGGAAGGCUAAUGUUUUUUGGCUUCACAGUCAGUGAACAUUUUGGGCAAUAGUCUAUGAACUGAAAAGCUGAUUUGAAUUGAAGCGUCACCUCUAACACCUCUCCCGGUUGGAGAUGAAAUCCUACCCCAAGUGGAGGAGUUAAAGUAUCUUGGGGUGUUGUUCACGAGUGAGGAAGGAAUUGAGCGAGAGAUCUACAGGUGGAUUGGUGCAGCGUCAGCAGGGAUGCAGAAGCUGCAAAGACGGGGCUGGGCAAAAAAAGGCGAAGCUCUCAAGAAUACCGGUCGGUUUACAUUCCUACUGUGACGGCCCCUGCAUUUGUGUUAUGUUGGUGGUCACACUGAUUUGUAUAUUUCUUCUAAGUUGCCUGCAGAGCUGAUUGGCAGUAUCAACUUAUAUCAAUGUGGAGCACCCAGUCCACAGCGGUUAUAAAAGCAGCCUCUGGUGACCUGGCUCUCUCUCUCUCUCUCUCGACUCUCGAUUUGGCUCCCUUGUGCCCAAAUAGCUUCACACUAUUAAUUUAUAUCGGGGCGGAUAAUAGCAUAUUACAGGAGAAUCGUUCACUUGCGGAUAAAAGCACCAAAAUUGGCACACAUAGUCCUUAGAAGUUGCUCUUUUGAUAUUUUCGUCUGGCCAAAUGAAAAUUCAAGAUGGCGGCCAUUUUUCAAGAUGGCCACCAUUGAAAAUACAGUAAUAUUGCAUUUUGCAAUAAAAUCCCAUAGACUUGUCCUAUUUGGAUGAUCUUGGUGUCAAAUCAUACAUUUUCCACUAUGCAGAAUCCAAAUUUGAACCCAUGGACUUUCUUACUGGCUUCCUUGUACCAUAUUUCAGUCCCAGAAUCCUAAUAUUCUGGUAUUUAUGAGGUUUACAUUGUGUCCGACUUGGGUAAAAUUGUUGGUAACAUAUAUCUUAACGUUGUUAGAGGUUUAGUGUGUGUGAGUGAGUGAGUGAGUGAGUCUGUAAAAAAAAUCCAAAAAAGAAAAAUGCUUGACCUGCCUGCAUUACAUCUCACUUAAUUAUUAGGCAACACUUCUCACUCGCACAUACACUUUCUUACAACAUUACUAUUAAUCUGGCUGGGGUGGCACCAUGCAGUCAUGAAGAAGCUGACACCCAGAUCUUUGUGCAUGCCAGGCAUGCCACAGAAGCAGGCAGCAAGGUCAUCAUGGUCAAAGCCAACGACACAGAUGUUGUUGACAUUGCAGUGAGUGUUCUGCAGGCACUUCAGAACCUCGGUCUGCAGCAGUUGUGGGUUGCCUUUGGCCAAAGACAGAACCUGAAGUGGAUUCCUGUUCAUGACCUGUGUGGCACUCUUGCAGAAAAGAGCAAAGGGAUGCUCUUCUUCCAUGCAUUCACUGGUUGCGAUGUUGUUUCAGCAUUCCGUGGCAAAGGGAAUGUUUGUGAUGAGGCUUCAAGUGUCUUCAGCAAACUCAGCCAUUACCCACCUGUAUUGGAUGAUGAGGACCUGAAAACCCUAGAGAAGUUUGUGGUCAUGUUGUACGACAGAUCCAGCACAGCUGAAGGUGUCGACGAUGCAAGGUUGGACAUGUUUGCUUGGAAGCAGAGGCCGUAUGAAGUCACUCCUCCAACUCGAUCAGCACUUAAGCAAUAUGUCAUGCAUCCAUCCUACCAAGCGGGCUGCAUCUGGAGUCAGUCAAUAGUAUGUCAACCAGAAACACAUAGUCUUGCCAACUGGGGCUGGACCAAGAAAGGAGAUCUGUGGCAGAUUGUUUGGACAGAGCUCCCACCCAUUGCAGAGAGUUGCCAGCAGCUGGCCAAGUGUGGAUGCAAGUUGGAAUGCUGCGGUCGAUGCAAAUACUACUGCUUUGGUCCGACCUGCACAGCACUGUGCAGCUGCAGGUGUGAGGUUUAGAAACGCUGUAGUAAAAGCCUACUCAUCCAAACAGCCUACAUGUAAAAAAAGAAACAAACAAAAAAAAAACCCUGCCUCGGUAGGAUCACCACCUUAUCGUGGUGUGUGUCUCCAUGACCCCUAGAGCUAUGCCGGCUGGAGUAUUGUACUCCCAUGGUGCUACCAUGCAUUUUAGGUGAAAUUCUAAAUUAUCAGAAUAUUAGGAUUCUGGGACUGAUAUGUGCAGUGAGGACACACCCUUGCCCACGCCCUUGCCCUCCUUGCAACCCCCCCCCCCCCCACACCACACACACACACACACACACACACACACACACACACUAGACCUCUAACAACACUACGAUAUAGGCUACCAACCAUUUUACUCGAGUCUCACAUGAUGUAGACGUAAUUAGGAUCAGAAUAUUAGGAUUCCAGGACUGAAAUAUGGUACAAGGAAGCCAGUAAGUCCAUGGGUCCAAAUUUGGAUUCUGCAUAAUGGAAAAUGUAUGAUUUGACACCAAGUUCAUCCAAAUAGGACAAGUCUAUGGGAUUUUAUUGCAAAAUGCAAUAUUACUGUAUUUUCAAUGGUGGCCAUCUUGAAAAAUGGCCGCCAUCUUGAAUUUUCAUUUGGCCAGACGGAAAUAUCAAAAGAGCAACUUCUAAGGAGUAUGUGUGCCAAUUUUGGUGCUUUUAUCCGCAAGUGAACGAUUAUUACAGUUAUCUGCCCAGCUAUUAGUUUGAAUUUAUGUUAGUUCACUUUUCAACACCUCUCACUACACCUUGUUGACACACUCACAUGCACACUACUGAUCCUGCAGAUUCGACAAACCUCAUGCUUAACUAUUGUUUCUCCGUUUACUUACCUUAAUUUGUAAUAAAUCUCAUUUACUCUUGGCACUGUGGUUUCCAACCAUUUUUUUGUCAUGGCUCAAGAUCCGGGUUAUGACACUAUCCUUACUUAUGGUCAUGAGCUGUGGGUAGUGACAGAUAGAACAACAUUGCUGAUACAAGCAGCCAAAAUGAGUUUCGUCUGCAGGGUGGCUGGACCCUCCCUUAGAGAUUAGGGUGAGGCUAUGUCUCUCAGCUGGUCUGGGAACACCUCAGAGUCCCCCUAGGGAGAGCUGGAAGAAGUGGCUGGGGAGAGGGAAGUCUGGGCUUCCUCCCUUAGGCUGUUGCCCCCAUGACCCAACUCCAGAUAAGCGGCUGAAGAUGAAUGGAUGUCACCUCUAACAAGGCAACUAGCCAAUCACAGUGAGGAUUUUGGGCACAGCAUCCAGCAUGGUUUAGAUUUCUGUCAUAAAAAUGAUUCAGUUUCACAACACUCUGAAAGAAAAAAAAACAGGACUCAUUAAAAGGUGACAUAGUGGUGCCUGUUUCAAAACCUUUAAGGUGUCAUCAUGUUUCCUGUGACUGUUAGACAGCAAAAUCUCAAAUCCCAUGGUGAAUUUGAAUCAUUGAGGGUCCAAGAGUUUUCUUACAAUUGAUAUAAGCCACACUGACCUGACAAGUUCAGGUUUACAUUUCAUGUCAUGUACUACAGGCCAAAAGAAGUGGUGAAAAAAACACUAGAUAAAAACUGAAGUUGGACAAAACCCUGGCCACAGGUUUUUUUUUUUUUUUUUUUUAAAAUCUCUAGCUCUAGUUAUUCUUGAGACAUGCCAACAUCUCUUACAAAGGCUUCAGUAAAGAAAAAAACAACAGUCGGGGGGGGGGGGGGGGGGGUGUCUUGUCCACAGCUUCGUAGGGAUUGCUGUAGUAGGUGGGAUUUAUGACUAAUUGUGCAGCCCGUCACCAGAGGAUGCUGUUCUUGUGGUGGCUUUACCCAGCGAGGAGGCAUACAGUGUCCAUUCUUCAUACAGUCUAUGCUACAGCUAAGAGAAAAAAAAAAAAACAUUUUGUCCCUUAGUCCUUCUGAUUGUUGUGAUUGUGAUCAGCCAUAAUUUGACAACCUAACAGCAUAGAAAUGUUUCAGGGGGUUGGUGUUGGUGGAUAAGUGUUCACAUAAACCCUUGUUUUAUCUUGUUUUUAUUAUUAAUAAUCAACCUGUGCUCUUCACACAGAGUUUAGCUUUUUGUACCACACGGGUACAAAAAGCUACACUCUGUUGAAAACUUCUUUUUGACUGAUUCUGUGAUUGCUUUAAGGUGAUAUUAUUUAAUUUGGCUAGGACUACUUCUCUUGUGGAGAGUAUUACCCUUGACGGUAUAACAUUAGCCUUGAACUGAAACACAAUGUCAUUCCAAACAGACAGAUGACUUAAUUAGCAUUGCCUGCUGUUCAGUAAUUAAAAUUUUACAAGGAUUUAAACACAUGCUUUCUUGUCAUUUCCACACAGUCGUUCUUCUGACACAAGUUGUUCAGUGACAGGAUCAUUCUUGAAGGACCGGCAGUGUGAUAAGGUGUUCAACGCAAAAACAGAAACAACAUUUGUAUAUUUUUCCUGCUCUCAUUCACAGAUUUUGUUAAUUAUCUGGAUGACAAAACACUGUUUCUACUCAGUCCUAACCGACUAAAAACAAAUGAAAAAUAAGUAAUCACUGCAGUUCUAAAAUGGCUCAACAGGCAAAUCUUGUUUGCCACAUAUGAUUUUUAAUUAAAAAGCUGAGAUCUAAAAAAAUCUCCUUGUGCUCACUUUGUCCCCAUCCAACACUAUGAAAGUUUUAAAUGUUGCAGAUUUAUUUUUAUUUAAGGAUAUGUUCACAUUUUUCCAAGUCUAUUUAGCACCAAUACUGAUGUGCCCACACUGCCUGAGGGAUUAAGUAUGUAUGUGGGCCAGCCAAGAAAUGAGCAAAACCACAUUUCUUGUCAAAAAGCCAAUUGGCUUCCUGCACUGUUCUUUAGAUAAUGGCAGAAAAUAAUCCCUGCGGCAAACACAAGUUGAUGAUACGUGUCAAAUUCAGCAAUAUAAUCUACACAAACAAGGUACGAAAAAAAAAUUGGGGUGUUUUUGAUUUUACUGUUUACUGCUGUACUUAAUUUGGCUUUUGAAGCACAGAUUUUUAUCUACAGUCUGUUUCCACUGUUGUGUGUAUUUUAGACUUCUACAUGUGUUUUUAUUUUGCAUUGUUUAAACAUUUGCAACAGGUUUUUUGGAUUGUUGUUGAUCCCUCUACUUUUGUUGGCCAUUGUACAAAUUUGACAUUAAGAAUUAUCAGCCAAAAUAUGUCUGAAUCAAAAUAAAAUAAACGUUGAAAAAUACUUGCCCUAUAUACAGAGACUAUAGUUCGGGUUACAUCAGUUCCUGGUUCCACUCCCUGUCUUGACCUUUAACUGAAUGUCUUCCCCACUCUCUACUCCCCACAUAUCUUCUCCCUUUUCUACCGUCUUACUAAAUAGAGGCAAAAUGCAAAUGAAAAUUUUUUUUUGAAUAAAAAUGCUUUUUACUAAUAGACAAACUCUCCUCCUGUCUCCAUAUUUGAUUUCAUGCUUUAGAAAUAUUCAGUAGCAGAUUAUAAGAAAAAAAUAUUACAACUCAGCAAAUUGUUUUAAGCCCUUUUUUCUCUUGCCAGAUUUGAACUCAUUAAUGAAAGCAUAAGUAGAACUUUUAAGAGUUGCUCUUUAGUUAUUUUUCACCUUUUCUCCAGUACAAAAUCUCAGAUGUGAUGUAUCAGAUCAGCAUUAGAGUCAAAUCCACCAAUAAGAGAAAAAAAUUAGGACUCUUUCAGAUGCGUGAUUGGGAGGAUUUGAGCUUCUUGGAAUGGUUUAUUCUGCUGGUAUUGACCCCUGGGGUCACUUUACCAUGUUUGCUUGCAGAUUAGACUGCAGUGGAAGCACAUUGUCAUAGCUAAUGUACCAUAGGAUGGUACUUAAAAUGCACUUUCAAGGAGUUAGAGGAAAUUUAUGAUUUUCUGUUGAAGAAAGUAUUCCAGAGAUCAGUUUAAGUCGAUAGAAAGCUUCAGCAGACUGUGUAAUUCAGUUCUGGCUUGUUUGCAACAUUAACAACAUUUUAUGCUAAAUUCCCUGUUAAUGUUCCCAAGACAGGUUUUCUUUACUUCACUGAAGCAAUGGAUGUGAAGCAGAGUAAAUGAGUUUAACGAACACUAUAAUAAUGAAAUACAUCCUCUUGAUCUGGCUCAUGCAGGCAGCUGUAGCCUUAUAUUCACUUUAACUCAUCUUUGAAUCAUAAUUUUGCACAGACAGGAAGAUCUUUUUACUGCCCAUCAACAAAUAUGAUCUGAUUGCAGCAUGCACAAAUGGCUCAAUGACAUUAUAGGGGCCUGUUGUUUUGACUUCAGAGAGCUUAUUUAUUUUACUCCAUUGAAAUACAUGAGAUGAGAGAAAAAAAAAAAUGAAAAUUUUGAGUUGUUUGCAGCAGUUUCACUCCAUCAUGAAGCCCAACAACAUUUUGACAGCUGAAAGACAGAGGGGAGAACUGGCUCAUUGAGUUAGCUCCAGUAGAUGAACAGAGGGGAAAACUGGAAGAUUUAGCUCUCCUGUGCACAGCUGGGAAAAUUCUGCAGUGUUGAUCCUCUGCCUCCUUGUGGCUGCUAUAUGAAACAACAGCUGAGACAGUGGAUAUAAAGCAGUUUGUGACUGAAUAAUUAAAGAUAGCAGGAGGAUUUGUGUAUAAAGAACCUUCCACAAACUUUGACCCAUUCUCCAGCUGCUUCAGAAAACAACUGUCACUUGUCAUCUGACUUAUAUCACACUUUACAAACCUGUACAGAACUUUAGAUGGAGCAUCUUGGUUCAUACAGACAGUAAUUGAGAGGAAGAAAACGACAUAGUUUUGUGUGAAAAUUAUAAGCCCACUCUAAAGUCCACCCUGAAGCUGUGCAGCCUGAGGGCUGUCAACACUGAAUAAAUGUUCAUUAGCCCAAUUCUAAAUUUAAUGAAAUUCAGCCAAGAUACAGUUUCAGCUAACAGUUUUUUUUAUUAUGGACGCAGCCCCCCCCCCCCCCCCCCCCCCCACACACACACACACACACACGCAGGAUAAAAUAUAAGGUAUUAUAAAGGUUUUAUAGAAGUGUAAGAUUUCUAAAUGACUAAAUGUUUUAUUGAUUUCUCUCUUCCAGACAGUGGGGGACAUCAGACAUGAAUAUUGAUUCAUAAAUCUUAUGCACAUACUCAGGGCUAAAGUGUAUUUAUGGGUAUUGUAUUUUGCCUUUUUAGUGGCACUUAGUAUCUGGUAUCUUCUUUUGACUUUCCAAGGUCACAAAGUUUCCAAGUUACAAUUCAGGAAGAAAAAAUGAGUUCUUCUCCUUUGUUACGUUUACAAAAAAGGGUCAGACUGAUACUAAAUAAAUCAAUAGGCAGAUAAAGCUUUUUGAAACAGGAGGCUGCUGUCUCCUCUGAAAUGUAUAGCUCCAUAAAUAACUGUAAAAUGUUAUCAAGAACACUGUGUGCUCUGUGUGCAGCCGCACUAAUACUUAAGGUCUGUAAAGGUCCAGUUGAUGGAAAUAAUCCUUUCAGUUUACACCCAGUCCAAGCAUCCAUCACUUAAAAAAAGCCUGGAUUCAAAUGUGUUUCAAGAUAUUUAAAAUUAAUAAUCAGAGCUUCAUUGAUUAAAUUAAAAAAAAGAUUUUUUCUUGAUACAUUUUUAGAAACAAGAUGUAAUUGUUUUUUUUUUCUUCUUCUUUUUUUCUCUCCAGUAAACAAAUCAAGAGUCGGUUUGCUACACUGGCUGUCAUUUCUACCCAUUACCGUUGAUUAAACAAGGAAUAAGACAAAUCAGUAAAAGUGUUUUGGUUUUUUUUCACAGUGCUCGUUAUCAUUUUCAGUUAUAUCAUAUUAUAUCAUAAAGUUUUACAUGUUCUUAAUACAUAUGAUAAUGCAACACGUUUAUAAGCACAUGCACUUUGAUCUGACACUGCUUAUUAUACCACUGUAGGUAGAACACCAUGUAUAGAGUCAUAUUGAUUACAGAUAAGAUUGCAAUUAAUUCUAUCAACCUUUAACCCACUAAAUUGCUUUUCACUUAAGGAAGCAUAUCGUGUGCAAGGUAGUGGUAUCCUAUCUACAGAGGGUAAAGCUUUGGUUUCUCUGUUAUUUCCCCUUUUCUGAAAACACCUCUCUGUGCUCUACUCAAUCAUCUCUUUGCAGUCUCAGUCCUGGACAGGGGUCUUGUGACAUGAUUCCUUUUUUUUUCUGGGUUUGCUAACAGUGCAAGCCUCUACAUGAGGAAACUUGACAUUAAAAGUGUUAGAGCUUUAUAUUCUGCAGUCUUCAAGUUCACACUUUGCUGACUUAAUUAGUCAUUCAGUGUGAAACAACUUUCUGCAAGAGCCCACGCCUUGACAGCACACGCUCGGUCCCUCUUUACAGUACCAUGUAUGAUAACUCUACACAUACAGAUAAAGCUGCAGCCUGUUCUGCAAUCAGCUGAAGAGUCAAUGAGACCUUCCUUGUGAAUGUACAACAAAUUCAAAUAGAAAUCCCAUAAAGGCAACUGUCUACACACAGCAUGAGAAAAAUGAAACAAAAUGAGGUAUUGACGUGUUGUCACUGAGGCAAACAACAUCAUUCAUCCACAGCAGACUGACACAAAGCAUAGAGGAAUCAAUCAGGAAGAGGAGAGGAGGGGAAUACAUAAUCAAGGGGGAGUAAAGGCCAAACAAAUGACUGCUUAGCACCACUUAGCAGAUAGAGAGAUAAAGAUGAAAGUAAAGAGCUUUAGUUUCACCUGCACUGCUUCAAGGUGCAAAUUAGCUCCUUUACGUCUAUUUAUCCCUGCAUGAAAGGACACUCAGUCAUGAAACAUGUUGUCAAUGCCUCAAAGCUGAGAGCUUCAUGUCUGUCUCUGGCUAUUUCUUUGAAACAGGAGGGGGGGAAAAAGGGAAUUGAAUGUUUAUCUACAUACACAUUUAUUAUGGAGCAAAUAGACAAUAGAUUUUAAAUAAACAUCAUGCCCCAAUGUAAUAUGGUUAGAGGUAUGCCUAUUAUGAAGAGUUUUUAACUGAUCAGUGACAAAACUGGUUAUUUCUUCAUACUGAGUUUUAGUGCAAAAAAGAUGGUUCAAUAAGUCUAAUAAUAAACUUAGAUUUUUUAAAAUUUGUAUUCCACUUUUUUUCAAAUCAUAUAUGCAGAUAUGUUUAAUUCCACAGCAGGGCUGUCGUAAAGAUGUGUGUUUUCUGUGCUGAAAACACUUUUGAAUGAGCCAUUCAGAGCACCUUGUUUCUCAUUUGGUGAUUACUUCAACACACAUUAACCUUGUCAGCAACAACCACCGGAUCAUGGAAACCACUUUGAGUAGGCGCCAUGGGACAAAAACACAUGUAAGUUUGGUCUCUAACAGUGAAAAGAAUCUAGUUUUGUUGUGCUGUGUUACAGAUCAUACUUUCAUGUAGCUACAAAUCAAGAUUACUCCAUCACUUUGUAUCAGGCAAGUUUGUCUUAAACUCAUAAAGGAAGUAUUCAAAAGCUACUCCAUUUGUUUUCUUCCGCAAUAAAUGAGCAUGUUGUUACGACUGCACCAUGGAGUGAUAGUUUAAUUCAUUUGGUCUAUUUGUUUUUGUUUUUCUCAAGUUAGGAUGUGCCCUCACCUCCUCCUCACUACCAUUAAUCUGACUCAGAUUAUACAAAAACAUUGCAGAGUUUGUACGGCUAGUUCUAUCAAAACCCAUUUCUGCUGUUUCUCACUGUUGUUUUCCUGAGGGGACUGAACUUCUGGCUUCACCUGCAGCUAUGAAAACAACUCGGUGUAUGUUCAAAUCAACCUCUUUAAUCAAGUCAGUCACCCCCACACCCUCUGCCUCGUACCCUUGGGAGUAAACAAACAGACAAUUAAAUAAAUAAAUAGAAAUAAACAAGUGAACACCUUGAGGAGAUCAAUCUUCAUUAGGCAAGACAGGGAAGUGCUCAGCUCACUGGGGUAGAAAAGCCUGACCAGAGGUUCAAUCUUUAAUGCUCCACUGGCUCAUCAUUUUGUGACUGUUUUACCAAACAGCCUGUUCAACCAGCAAGCAUGCAAAUGUUAUUUUAUGACAUCUCAAGGCAUGACCGGUAGCUGUGAAGACUGUUAUGAGGUCUCAAAAUUCUUCUAAAAUGCUGGCAGUCACAGGCAUACUAACCUGUCAAUCUGAGAAUGACAUGGAAAUAAUAGAGCUGACAGUACACUGCCGCUGGUCUGAAUAAUGUUUUCAACUCUCUUACAGACAUACAGACAUCACAAAGCUCAUCAGAGGGUCUUCAAAUAAAAGCUUUCAGGCUUCAAGUCCUGUGGUAUUUUUUGAUUAAAACACAUACUGUAGAUUUUCCACAUACUGUAUGUCAAGGACAAAGCCUUCAUCACUGAUGACAAUAAGGCUCAUCACAAAGAGCCUAUAUAUAUAUAUAUAUAUAUAUAUAUAUAUAUACUGAAAGUAAGAGAGAGGUACAGAAAUGGGAAAGGAGAUUGAGUAACUUUGAAUUACCUUAAGAAUUGCCUUAAGAAGGAAUAAAUGAAUGAAUGACUUGGUAUGAAACAGUCUUUCUGCUUGAACUUAUGCUAAACUUUGUGAUGAAAGAAGACUUGUUCCUAGAAGAACUUGUAGAUGUGCACCCAAAGAAUAAAUCCUUUAAAAAAACAACAAUCCUGCAAACAUACUAACUUACUUCUUCUCUAAACAUGAUGGAUUUUAUCAUCUCGUUGAGGAAAAAAAAUAACUUUAUCUAAAAUUGAACAGUAGGUUCAGAGUUAAUAUGCAGAAUAUGUAAGCAUGACUGUAUAAAAAAUUCCAUCUUAACAUUAAACAAACUGACUAACAAAGGCAUGUAAAAUAAAUCAGUAUUCAUCCAUAACAGGAACCUAAUUAAAAAAAAAAGUGGACAUGUAUUCCCAAAUAUCUCCCCCUCUCCAGGGAAUCACAUUGCCAGGAUAAUCACAUCAAGUGGUCACACCUGUGUGAAGCAGAGUGUCAGUAUCUGUCACUCUGAGUGCCUCAGCUCCACAGGUGUUUUGCUCAGCAGAAUUAAAACACAACCUGUCUCUGAGAGAGAGCAGCUCCUCUGGAUCCAGACCUAAUAGUUUGGCUCGCAGGCAAAGUCCAGCUGAGCCCCGGUGACAGGGCAUUUUCAGGACAGAGUGGUGGAGCAGCUGUAGCAGUCAUGGGCCAUAAGAUUCUGAUUACAAGGUCAGUUACUGUCAGCUAUAGUUCCCGAUGUUCAGGUCUUUUGAGUCUAGUUCUGACUGUUGAAUUCCCCAUUCUCAGCCGUCUUAGAUAUUUGCUGCUAAGUCUUGUUCUUUCUGUCUUUCUUUCUCAGACUGAUAUUGGUUUUCUUGCUAAGAGAGCUGAACUACUCCUCCGCUUUUCCAAGAGGUAAGUCUACAUUACUGUGUUUUACUUGUUAGAGUGAAUUUCACACUUCUGGUGGGCUAUUGUGUUGUACACGUCUUUUAUGAUUUGAAACUAUGACAUUUAUAUCUAGAAAAUAUAAGAUUUCCCUGUCAGCCUUGCAAACCUAUCUGUGACCUUUGACCUGACAGAUGAUCUGUCUAAGUCAAAGACGAAGCCCACAGUUGUUUAAUUUAUCCUUGUAAGUUGUGAGUGAAAAGGUCUGACUUGUACUUGAAAAAGUGUUUAGUGACAGCUGAGAGCUCUGUAAAAAUAUAACAGCAUGAAAAACCAAAUAACACGUGUACACAUUUCCAGCGGGCCCUCUCUGGCUCUGAUAUUAAAUGGCGAGCAAACUUUAUGCUUAGUUCCUGGUGAAACUUUAAAGCCUUGUUUUUGUGUAACAUCAACAGGACUAUUGGAAGAGUGUCAAACAUGGCUAUCGUUGUCAAUAUUUUUAUACUGACAAUGAUUCAACCGGAUUCAGUUAACCUGGUGGAAAAGCUGUUACUCCUGGUAAUCUUAUAAGACUUUCUUUAAAGCAUUUACCCACUCAUUUUUAUUUGAUUCAUCCCUCACUGCUUGUCUGUUUUGAUCCAGUCCCUUGCCAGAUUUCCAUAUCUGUGCAAAUUUUUUUUCUCUUAUUCUAUGACCUCUACAUAACCUGCUGUACACAGCUUUUAACAUCAAAAGACAAUAAAUAGCAGCUUUUCCUCAAGAUGUUUUUCAAAAAACAUCUGUUCCCACAAAAAAAUCUGCGUUAGUAAACUGACAGUCUGCAUGCAGUUUCAUACACUAUGGCUAUAUUUACAUGCAGUCAGUAUUUGGGUUAGGGUCAAUAUCCUGGUUUCUGAAAAGUUCAGAAUAAACUGUUCACAUACAUGAGCAAACAGGAUUAUUCCUGUUUACAUGGUACCCAGAUCAAAACAGCAACAACAAUUGGACGCACGGAGAACGUCAUGAUGCAAUGGGCAUCAUUUCCAUUUCUUCUUCCUGUACUCUGAAGACCAAGAUUCCUUGCGAACAGAAGAUGCGCAGAACACAAACUAAUGUUCCUUUUGAUGAGGAUUACCUAGUAGGUGUAUACAUGACCAAUUAUGCGGGUUAGAAAAGGAGUAACCCUGGAGUGAUUUCCGGGUUUUAAAAACCAGAAUAUGAGCAUGUUCUGUUUUUUUAAGGAUUAUUGAUGUUUACAUGGCUGUGUGCAACCAGGUUAUUCCUAAUAUUCUGGUUAUGAAAAGGUUAAUGACUGCAUGUAAAUGUAUUCUUUUUCUUUACAGCUGUUAGACGGUGUGGAACUUUGUUAAGUUUGAAUUUCAUAGUAUCUUUUCCUCGACUAACUUUCAGCAAGUCAGACCUUGAAUCAUAACUGUGUCUGGGCAGGAGCCUGAGUCAAAGCAGUGUUUCAGCUCUGUCUACUGAAAUGCUUUUGGGACAUUCAUUUUUCAAAAUUUCCCAAUUCUUUAGUUUUAAAAACACACAAAACACAGCUUCAAAAGUAACACUGACUCAGGAUAAACAAAGACAAAAAACACUAGGAAAAACAGCUGCUUUAGGCGGAUUUCAUUAUGAACAGUUGGCUGUUUAAAUCAGAACCACAGUACGCUUCCAUAAGGAUCCGUAAUGCAGAGUACACACUUGUUUUUCUUUUUCUUUGGUUUGGGCACUCAAACUUAUGAGCAGGUAAACCUUUUAGGUUGUGUUGAAUAAAUAGAGCAGUAGUGCUUGCCACGUUUGGCAUGUUAUGAUAUCACAGUUACACAAUUUUGAAAGCUGAAUGAUCUAUGACGAGAACCCCCUGAAUUUAAGGGAAGAACAGAAUAAGUGGGGACUAAUUUAAUGCAGUUGAUAUGAAUGGGUUGAGGUAACUUUAUACUGCCCCAAAGAUAAGGCAUCAGCAGGCAGUGUCAAACUGAGUUUUUCAGGAGGUGUUUGUAUUGUUCACCCAGUUUGGGGGAAAAAAAGUGGCUUUAAAUUUAAGUGUGAUUUUAUUUAUUUUUUAUUAAAAGUUCUUAGUUAGAAUUCAAAAGUUGGUUUCUUCCAGCGAUAAACUGCAAUUAGGGGUGCCAGAAAUCUUAGCUAAUUUUUUAAUUCCAUUGUCCUAUGUUUUUGUUUUUUAACUUUAUCAAAGUUAUACAGGCUUUAAAGAAACACUAAAUCCUCACUCUUUAAUGACUUUUAAAGACAGAUUAUAAACUGCACUGAUAUAUAAGAGACAAUAAGGUUUAAGUGGUUUUAUCAUGAGAAAAUUCCUACAACAAAGUCUGGGACACACAUUUUCUGUGUAACUGCUGUUCAAAACCUUUUGGAAUCCACCUGCUCUUAUUGUGCUAGCUACCAGUAUGGCAGUAGAGCUCAGUGGAGGUGGAGUGUGUAAUGGAAAGGUAUGGACAUAUCCUGCAAGUACAUUAGCCUUUUAUCCCACAAGUCCAUUUUGGCUACAGGCCAGACCCACUGCCCAUGACUGUUUUCGUCCUGCACUGCUGGUUAUUUGCUCUCUCAAUGAGAGGAAUCAGAUCAGAUGGGUAUCCAAUAACUUUUAUGAAAAGAAGCACAAAUAAUAAGACAUACCACACACUCAUUCCUGGUGCCUGUUCCUUUUUAUAUAGGAUAUGAAAUGUGUCUAAUUCCAUCCUGUGCCUUCUGUUUACCCAGUGUGCCACAGACAAUUCAGAGACUCGUUAACUCGUUGUGUAUAAGGCUGGUUUUCUAUGGUUACACACUGUCAAAAUGUAGUUCAUGCAAGUUUUAGGACAAAGGUACAGAUAGGGCUGACUGCAAAGUUUGAAUACAUGCAUUUUCAUAGUUUGUGUUUCACCUGCUAAAAGGAAUAUAUUUGCUUUUAAAAGUGUCAAAAAGUAGGGGGGGAAACAUCGUUUUUAACUUUGGCUUUAAUCUUUUCUUUGUUUUCUUACAGGAAGAAGUUCCAUGUAUCCUAAAUCCUUGCAGAGGGAAGGGGUGAAACAGCAAGAGAGAUAUGGUUACGGGAAUCGUCGCCCUCUUCAGUACAUCAGGGCUCUGCGGCAGGCCAACAAAACACAAAGUAUUAGCGAAGAUCAGGUCAAACCCUCGGAAAUUCCAGAGGAAAAUUCUUUAAUGGCUCGAAGCUUUGCCCCAAUACAAAAUCAAGCCCAUCUAUCUUACCAAACCCAAAACCUGCACCAGCCAUGGUCUGAGGAAACAUCCCCACUUACACAACAGAAUGGCCGCUCAUUGUUCGAGCCCCGGAGCUUUGAGUUAAACCUUAAACUACCUUUUGCCAACCUCCCUAAUCCAAGCAAAGACAAAGAUUUACAAACUAAAGGUGCUGGUUUGAGCAGCGAAGUGAAAGAUGGCCAGCUGUACAGACCCACUGGUGUUCAGAUCUUCAGCAGUUUUAAUAGUCCCUCUGGUUCAGAUGAUGUUUCGGGGAAAGGUUCCACAAAAAACCCAAAUGGAGGAGAGAGUCCUCAUGAAGUUUCUAUGCCAAGUUUUCUGUUCAGUUUGUCAGUUCCUAUUACCCCUCCUACUCCAUCUUUAAAACCAUCCAGUGAUGAAGUUGGCUAUUUAGAAAAUUCACAAAGUCCAGAGUACAUGGAGCCAAAUUUCCAACCCAGUUCAGUGUAUGGUGAAUCAGACUGGGUUCUCUUAAAUCAUGCUAAUUCUGUCCAGCAACAAACAGGAUACUCUCCCAGUCAGCCAUUACACACAAAUCCUAUCGACAGCAAGUUGGUGACCUUUCUACCUGAGCCUAACAAGCUUUCAUCUUUAAGUGAACCAAUUAGUCAGUCAGCUUUACCCACCCUGCAGUAUCCUCAACAACCUGACAAUAUUUUCGGUGAUUACCACAAUUCCCAAAUAAAAUCUACACAAUAUGACCAUGGGAGCAGUCAAAUUGGGCAAAUACCAACACUUGACACAGCACAGGGCCUUCUGUCUCCACUGCAGUAUGAAAGUUUUUCAAGUGGACAUUACAGCAUUAGUCAAAUACCCAGUGGCAACAAUCAUGCCCAACCUCAAACUUUGCAGACAGUCACUCUUCAGCCUACCUUUCCCUCUGAGCAGUACAGCUAUAGCCAGCUUGAAACAUCCUUAGAACAGGCUGUACAGACUUCACGUCCUAAUCUAGUGCACUCUUCAUCUCCCAUGGUUGAGCAAUCCCAUUACAAUAUUCCAUCGUCUGGCUAUCAUGCCAUGGAAGCUGCUACCAGUAAUUAUUAUGGUAAAGGCAAUAUGGAGCCAGUGGGGCAGACAGAUUACUCAUACCAGUACAGCAUAGGUCACAGUGGACAAGAGGUGUUGCCCAAGAUUCCCACUACUUUAGACCACACAAAUUACCAGGCUCCAAUACCUAUUUAUCAAACCCAAACAGGAGCCCCCGGUCAGUACAAUGGCAGAAAGCAACUGGUUGAUAAACCCAAUUACACUAAACUCCUUAUUCACGUGGAAGAUGUGGCUGAACAGAAUGGUGGACAGCAUGAGUCUUUCACAGCCCCAACUCCAAACUAUUAUUCUGGAAAGAAGACGGUUGAACCACUCAACAGCAAUCCACCACCCUACAUGUCUGUGUACCACCAAACUCCUGGCAUGGAAGGUGGGGUAGGCCAAUAUUCAGCAAAUCCUCAACAACUACAACUGGAAAUGGACCAAGCACAGGCUUCUUAUGCUUUACAUGGACAAAUGAACUAUGCUCCAGGAGUGGGAGUAAAUGCUGGUGCUGUUCAAACAAACCUUGGCCAACAAGAUCCAGUCUAUCACACCAUGCAAGACGUAUAUAAUCCUAGUACUGGACAAUAUUCAACUAACCAAUAG